CUCACCCAUUAGCCAAUUCAUUGUAACCCAAAAGUAAAACACUUGCAUAGCUGAUACAUAGCUUAUAGCUGUUGUCCAGCAGAGUACCUAAUGGUUUAGUAUAAUAUUUUAAUAAUAUAAUACCUUGGUCGCUGUUCGCUUCCACGCUCAAGUCAAACUGUCUAAACUAAAACUCACUCUCACGACCAAGUGCGAAAUGGAUAGCGACACCAGCACUGAGAGCAGUUUCGAGCUACCCGACGAGGGAUCCCACCAAGGCGGAAAUGGCGGCGUCCCUCCGAAUGGCCUCACCCGGGCACAAGCUCUGAAUCUAUACGUCAGCCAUGCCUUUUCGACAUGGAAUGCUCGUGGUUAUGAAUUUGCCGCAGUACGUCGCCCCGGAAGAAGCGAUUAGAUGAAAUAACUUCUCAUUACCUCACCAUCUUAUCAGGUCCUUUUCACGGCGGCUGCAUAUCCUGAUACCCUUGUAGCAGCGGCGCUACGGCAAGUCUGAUCGGCUGUGCUGAAUCUCUGGUAGCUCAUUGUUAACACAAGCUUGCAGCAUGAUCAUAGUUUAUUUUGCCAUGAUCCUGUUCUCCAGCUCGGUUGGACGAUGGGUGCAGAAGUCUCCCAGUAGACUCCGCACCUUACUCUCUACCAUCAUCUGCAACCGCGGCUCGGUGAUUCUCGGCUCCUUUUUCUGGAUCUUGAUAUUGAGCCAAGAGGACCUGGUAGGACACGAAACCAGGUUUGUGUUGCCCACGAACGCCGUCCUUAAGGGUAUAGGAUUCGCCAUCGCGGUGACGUUCGGUAUUGUCGAACGCUUAAGUGCGUCCGGUAAUCUCAUCUCUAUGGAGCGAGAUUGGGUCGUUUCUAUUGCUGCCCCGACCGGUAACCCUUACGAUUUAACUCACCUUAACGCCGUUAUGAGAAGGAUCGACCUUGUCUGCAAAUUAAUCUCGCCUAUUUUAAUUUCAGUUGUCAUCUCCAUCCUCGGGUCUAUCCGCCUCGGUGUAGUAUUCACGGCACUUACUAGCCUAAUUAGCAUUCCAAUCGAGGUCUUCUCCGCGAAGCGAGUGUGGAAUAGCAGUCAUUUGCUACAAGCACCACGUACCGUACCAGCCUCACGUCCAGAGGCAGCAACGCAAGAGACAUCAAGAUCAUGGAUAUCGAAGACUCGGCAGUACUUUCACGGCUUCGAAAUGUAUUUUAGCACGUCCGUCUGGAUCCCGUCUGUUGCUUUAGCGCUUCUACAUUUCAAUAUGCUGACCUGGAGAGCCACCUUUAUCACAUAUUUAAUCAACAUAGGUUACUCGCUCAAUGCAAUUACAAUCGCCAGGGCUAUAGGUUCCGUAUUCGAGAUAAGCAGCACAGUCAUUACCCCCCGAGGCAUCGAGUACAUGGGCAAGACGCACCAUCACGCUUCUACCUACCCCGCAGACGAAGACGACGAGUCAGGAGCUCGCUUGAUUACUGGCGAGCAGGAUGGAAACCAAGAUAUUCAAACCAUGAUAGGGUUGCAGCGGUUUGGGCUCUGGGGUAUAAGUUGGCAAAUCAUAAAUACAGUACCGGUUGUGCUAGCGCUAUGGGCAAUCUCGGAACAGCAAGAUGGGGCAAGCAACCUCAUUGCUAUUGCUCGGAGGAUUAUUGGUGAAAAGGUUCCGCCUAAUGCAGCUUGGAGUGUCGUAUUGUUCUCAUUCUUAGCUUUCUCACGGCUAGGAGUAUGGGUUUUCGACCUCACAACCCAGCAACUUACACAAACACUUGUCCCGGAACACCAACGGUCAAGCUUUGCAGGUACGGAGAACUCUGUCGUAAAUAUAUUCGAGCUCCUCGGCGCCGGUGCGGCUAUAGCUUUCCCACGUACGGAGCAGUACAAAUGGCUAGCAUUCGCGAGCUUGGUCUCCGUACUAAUCAGCUGGGUAAUGUAUGCCGGCUGGGUUCGUCGCCAGAGGGGCCACCUAAUUCAUUGGGAGAAGCUAACUCAGGGCCUAUGUGUGAAUGAACGGGGCCGGUGAAUAGCUGAGGGGUAAAUGGGAGAGGAUUCACUCGCUCUACGAUAGGCCGCGAUCCUUUUCUUCCCUAACAACCUACAUAUCGUUGCCUUAACUAAAGACUUACUCCAUUAACUAUU